AUGGCGGUGCUCAAGGAGCAGGGGAUCCUACAGCAGCUCGGCGACUUCGGAUUGUCAUCCCUCCGCGGGGCGGUCGUGAUCGACGACGGCGCCUCCAACACCCUAGCGGACGGAACAGCGCGGGUCCGGUACACCGGCCUGGUCGGGGCCAUCGACACCUACCUUGAGGCCGUAAUGGCGUGGGACAAGUCGGAGGCCGCGGCGAGACUCGGGGUCUCGGAGGGUGUAACCAACCGCAACGGGGUGUGCGUGGCCGACGAAGACGCAGAGGCGGGGUCUUGCCCAGAUCACGAGGGAAGGAGGCCUACCCCAGGGGAUAGAAACUUGGCGUCCCCAGGGGACAGGUCGUUCGCGUCCCCUAUGCAACCGCCGUUCCGUCCCGGGAAGAAACCUAUCGUGGUCGGGGCGGGGUCUGCUAACACCGUGGCCCGCGCGGCUCGGGGAUGGGAUAACGACGCCCCCGUCGUCCCUCUCGGGCUGCGGCAGUACCCCCGCAAGAAGUGCGCCAUGGCGGCUCUCGUGGGGAACGGGGGAUUUGGCGACGGCCAACAGGGAGGCGUGAGAGAGAGGGAGCGCAGAAAUCACUACUCCCCGUCCUCGGCGAUGAAAGACGCCUUCCGUUUGCGGGGAACUACGCCGUCCGGGGGGGGAGCGGGCUCAGAGGAGUCCGCUCUCGCCACCCCAAGCCCCCAACACUCGGGGUCCUCGAGCCGCAACAACAACAGUGGACACCCCUCGUCGGAGGAGGAGGAGGGCAGCAGCGGGGCGAUCUAUGACAUCUACGACGGCUCGGCGGGCCGGCCUCGGAACGGCGGGAGUAGUCGCGUCGAUUUCAGGCCCGCCGGUGGGAACCCCGGGCUCGAAAGAGCCGACUGGUCGGGCGGGCGGCGGGGGUCUGCCUGCAUGAUCAAGGGCAUGUCCGGGGUCGGGGUGAGCCGCUCCAUCCGGCAGGACAUGGACAGGGCGGCGGCGGCGGCGCUGGAGACACCGACGCCGACGGCGAGUCGUAGCAACGACGACGGCGCAGUAAGCCCCGGCGAUGGAAAGAAUAGUAAUAAUCUUCUAAGCGGCGAAGGAGAAGAGCUACCGCCACCCAGGCGCCGGCAGUCAAACACCGAUCGGCUGAAAGAGCUCGUGCAGGCGUGGCCGGAGGUCGCCGCCGCCCCCGCUCCGACCAGCGAACCGAGCCGCGGCGGCGGCAGCAAUGGUAGUGACGACGGUGGCGACGGCGGCGGCGGCGGCGGCGGCGACGGCGGCGGCGGCGGCGGUGGGGGUGUAUGUGUGCUCAAAGCCGUGAGCGCCGUAGUCGUUAGCCAAUUUACCUUGCAUCCCUUCCAAGUCGGAACGGAGCACGCCGGGUUUUACCGGACCAGGGCGCUGCUUGCCGGGGUGUUCCGACAGCUGUCAGGCGCGGCGAGUGGACACCAGGUACGGGAUGGUCUGGACAAGGCGAGACUCGUCAAGCUGUUCUGCUACGCGAGGAUGCCUCUGGACCUCUCUCAUCAGGAGGCUGAGGAGCUUGCGGACGCUGUGCUACGAUACUGCGGAGCCCCUACGGCAAGGUUUGCGUCUCUCACGACCUUUCUCGCCAAGACUGCUGUCAGCAGCGGCGGCGGCGACGGCGGCAGCAGCUUCGAUGCCCCCGCCAUCAACCGCCACAAGCAUGGCCCACCGACAUCCGAGGGUCUCAACGAUGUCGGCGUCAACGACGAGGAGGAAGAGAUUUUCUCUCCCAUGGUCAGGGGCGCUCGGAGCUCCGCCUGGCGGGGGGCGACGCGGACAGCAGGCUAUCCUGCGCGGUGCACCUGA